AUAUAUAUAUAUAUAUAAAUUUAGCUGCAUAUGGACAUCCAUAGCCAACUGAACCCAAAACAAAUACAAGGAUAUUUGGUUGUAAAUAUUAUUUCUUCCGUCCAGCUAUUAAAAUCCCAGAAUGCAAUUCGACUUCCUCUUCUGGAACCAUAUUUGAGUGGCAAGAUGGUGCAACGACUAACUUACAGACGGCGUCUCAGCUAUAACACUAAAUCCAAUAGGACAAAAAUUUCCAAAACACCUGGGGGUAAGCUUGUAUACCUGUACCCCAAGAAACCUGGAAAGGUACCAGUAUGUGGAGACUGCAAACUGAAACUGAGGGGGAUCACUCCAGCAAGACCGAGGGAGUUAUCGGCUCUUUCCAAGAGGCACAAGACUGUAACAAGAACUUAUGGUGGAUCACGCUGUGGAAAGUGUGUCAGAAGCAGGUAUUGCACGCUGUAGUCAAGAGGAACUAAAACUUUCUUUCUUUACA